AUGCAGGGGAUCUGGUCGACAGUAGCCCAAUUCCGGGGCUGUCGCUGCCACUCCUGUCUGCCCGCUCCGAAUAGCUUCAACAACUUUCAAGCUGUGCGUCAGGCCCAGUCCAACGCCCGAUCCGCCGCCCGCCAGCGAAACAGGAAAGCCCUCGGCAGCAAUGUAGCCACCGCCUGCUACACGGCUCUCGCAGCCACCGCCGUCGUCGUCGACACCGAGAACAAGGAACGGCGCCGCCGCGAGCUCAACCGCAAGAUCCAUGAAGCAAAGAAGAACCUGGCCACCCUCAUGGUCGACGAUGCCGCCGACGGAGACCUCCUUCGCCUUGUCGGCUCAGCACCUGCCGCCCGCCGACCCGAACCCUUCCGCACCCGCAGCCAGCCAACGAUCGAUGUGCUCGAGUCUAUAUGCGAUUACCAUGUCGAUUCAGUCAGGAGCCUGGCGUCCAGCGCUACCGAGAAGAGAGCCGCUGUUUUGAAGCUGCGCGACUCCCUUGGCAUGUCAUGGAGGGACCCGCGCAAGGACUUUUGUAUGGGAAGAGAAGGUCUCGUCAACUGUGACAAAAUCAUUGCGUCUGAAGAAGUUGCGGCAGAGACCUUGGACCAGGACCGGGAACCUCGAAACGAGAAGCAGAUGGAGAAGCAAAUCGACAUGGUCACCGACCUUGUGGACGACCUCAUGGAAGCCGCCUACAAGGCGUCAGAGAUGCAGGGCAUCAAGUCAUACCUUCCCAAGGACCAUCCCGAGUCGGCCUGGAGUAUAACACGGAUGCUGAAGAAGGACGGCUAUCCCAGGUUCCACCACGCCCAUUAUGAUCCAACCAUGACAAUCCAGGCGCGCCGGCGCUUCAACCAAGUUACGUGCAACAUCUUGGCCGACUGGAAGGGACCUCGAAGCCGGGACAAGUAUGUGGCCAAGAUCUGCCAUAACCUUCUCAUCAACACCGUACCGCCGGGAAUUCACAACUACAACAUGCUCAUAGCAGGCUUUACUCAGAUCGGCGAGCAUGUUUUGGCUGGCGCCGUGGUGGACAAUUUCCUACAUAAGAGCCGUCUCCGGCCCACCCAGGGCACGAUACUCUGUCUGAUACACCACUACCGCUGCAAGAGAGAUGCCGAGGGUUUCCACAUGCUUCUCCGACGCCUCAUCGGUCGCGACCCUCGAGGCCUCAAUAUGCGCAGCAAGUCCAUCUCGGAUGUAUACCAAGACCGUGGGCUCAUGCGCUGGGCGCUUGAGUCGGAUGUCGCCCUAGCCAACGGUCGUACAGUCGUCGAGCGUGCUAAUUUGGAGCAGCCCGUUUUGGAAGCCAUCAUCGAGGCCCUCAUCGACUUCAGGAGAAUCGGACAUGCCGCAAAGGUGUUUGUUGCCUGCCUCGACCAGAGGUGGACCGUUAACGCUGAACUCUUCGAUCAACUAUUGCAUGCCAUUUGCAACACUGUCGACGACCUGGCCACUCGUGUGCUUGUCGAUGGACUGCUGUCGCACGUGGGCGCCAUAACGACCAUGAUCCUCUCGCGAAGCUUCUUGUCACUCAAGACUGUAAGGAAACUACGGACCGUUCUCCAGAUCCGGUACGCGAGGUCAACAGAGUCCCUCUACGACAACUCUGCCGUUACAGACUCAACGUCACCAGCCUACCUUUUGCCUAAGGGCAACGACCGUCUCGAGCGCAUUGCGACCUCUAUCUGGUUCAGAGAAGCGGUGCAAACCAUCUUCCAGCUCAGGUUAACUCUACCCAAGGUGGAGCAUCUUCUGCUAGCGCAACCAGACGAGCAUCUCGAACACCGGUUAGACCGCGCCAUCACCAGCCUGAACCUCAUCAGCCCCACAAACCCGCGCGCAGUCGAGCGCGAGGAGCGCGCCAAGGCACUCCAACGCCUAGCCAAGCUAGACUGGCUCACCGAGCAAGUAGAAGCCACCGAGAAAGCCAUCAAGGCCACGACCGAGGAGAUCCUGAACAUCCUCGCCGUUACCGUUCCGCGCGACGUACGACCCCUGACUUUGUGGCGGCAGCACUGGGACGUCGAGGUGCCCCUGGAGAAGCGCCUCAAGUACGAUCGGGAGAUGCGCACACCCAACACUGGCCUCAAUGCGGUCGCCGCGUGCUUUGCUCGGAAAGAGGAGCUGGAUGACCAGCUGGCGGAUAUCCUCAUGGAAGCGUUGCCGGCGCAGACGGCGGCUGAGAUUCGUCACGGUGCGAGGGAGACGGCUACGGUGCCGCAUUUGAUGGCUUUGACCAAGGAACACCUGAGGAGUUAUCAGAAGAAGCCGGUCGCUGCUGUUACUGCCAAGCCGAGGUUGGUGCAAGAGCAAGAGCAGGACAUAGAGCAGCAGCAGAGAGAGGCGAGCUCUGCCUUUACGGCUAAUGAUAACCUAGCAGCAGCCGAGAUGACUAGGAGGAAACUGGGCUUUGGUUGGAGGUCAGGAGGUCUCUCGUCGUAUUUACCCCUGAGAAGGGUUGCAUCUGUUCAAAGAUAG